AUGGCGGGAGCAGCGUCGGCGCUGUUCCUACUGGACAUAAAGGGUAGGGUUCUGGUGUGGCGCGACUACCGUGGGGACGUCUCAGCCGUUCAGGCCGAGCGCUUCUUCACCAAGCUCAUCGAGAAGGAGGGUGAUCCAGAGAGUCAUGAUCCUGUUGUACAUGACAAUGGCAUCACAUACAUGUUCAUCCAACACAACAAUGUUUAUCUCAUGACCGCAACCCGGCAGAACUGUAAUGCUGCUAGCCUCCUUCUAUUCCUACACCGAGUAGUCGAUGUCUUUAAACAUUACUUUGAAGAGUUAGAAGAAGAAUCACUAAGGGAUAAUUUUGUUGUAGUGUAUGAGUUACUUGACGAGAUUAUGGACUUUGGCUACCCACAAUAUACUGAAGCCAAGAUUCUUAGUGAGUUCAUCAAGACUGAUGCUUACAGAAUGGAAGUGGCGCAGAGGCCGCCGAUGGCUGUUACAAAUGCAGUGUCGUGGCGUAGUGAAGGGAUACGUUACAAAAAGAAUGAAGUUUUCCUAGACGUUGUGGAAAGUGUCAACAUACUAGUCAAUAGCAAUGGACAGAUAAUUAGGUCAGACGUUGUUGGGGCUCUAAAGAUGCGGACAUAUUUGAGUGGUAUGCCUGAGUGUAAGCUUGGGCUGAAUGAUAGAGUUUUGCUUGAGGCACAAGGGAGAGCUACUAAGGGGAAAGCCAUUGAUCUGGAUGACAUUAAGUUUCAUCAGUGUGUGCGUUUGGCUCGAUUUGAGAAUGACAGGACAAUAUCCUUCAUUCCUCCUGAUGGAUCUUUCGACCUCAUGACCUACAGGCUCAGCACUCAGGUAAAGCCCCUAAUAUGGGUAGAAGCACAGGUCGAAAGGCACUCUAGGAGCCGCAUAGAAAUUAUGGUAAAAGCCAGGAGCCAGUUCAAGGAGCGUAGUACCGCAACUAAUGUCGAAAUCGAGUUACCUGUCCCAGCCGAUGCCACCAAUCCAAAUGUUCGUACAUCAAUGGGGUCCGCCGCUUAUGCUCCAGAGAAGGACUCGUUGGUUUGGAAAAUUAAAUCUUUUCCUGGUGGUAAGGAGUAUAUGUUGAGAGCCGAAUUCAGGCUUCCCAGUAUAACAUCAGAUGAAUCGGCCCCAGAGAGAAAGGCCCCUAUACGUGUGAAGUUUGAAAUACCAUACUUCACUGUUUCAGGCAUACAGGUUCGCUACCUGAAAAUCAUCGAAAAAAGUGGGUAUCAGGCUCUGCCAUGGGUGAGAUACAUAACAAUGGCUGGUGAAUAUGAGCUGAGACUUAUUUGA